ACGGUCCCCCUUUUUUCCGGAGGACUCGAAUCCGGCACCUCCGCCAAACAGUAUAAUCCUCCCUGCUUUUUUUUUUUUUUUUUUUUUUUUUUUUAAAUUUAAAUUUAAAUUUUUCAUUCACGAAUCCUGAGUGCUUCCUCUACGUGUAUGCAUCGGUAGGGUAUUCGCUGUCGAGCCGAGUUCAAGGACCGAGGGACGUUGCACGUAUUUUGGACCAAAAACAUAAGGACACCGAGGGAGCUUGCGCCGCGGCAACAGGCACGAAGAUGACGAGCUGGAAGAGCAAGAUAUUGAUACUUUUGGCACUUUCGGGAUUCGCCUGUUGCGAAAAUGAGGACGACACGUCGACGGCGUUCAUGGAAGCAGCCCAAGCGCUCCUCGACAACAAAGAGGCGAUCGGCGGACUCCAAGGAGUCGCGCGAGCUUUCAUGCAGUCGGACACUGGAAAACAGAUGGGCAAAGGCGACGGCCUAGGCCAGAUAAUCUCCGGCUUGGGCAGCCUAAUGGCCGGUGUCCAGGGCAGCGGUGGCGGAGCAGGUAACGGCGACAGUGGCGGGGGUGGCCUCGACCUGUCGGUGGUCAGCGGCAUAAUCGAAGGUCUGUCCUCGUUGAGUUCGGGCACCGCUCAGCCGAGACGAGCCUCCAACGAAGUUGGCCACGAGUCCGAAUCCCCGGGAUUCGACUUCAACGGUAUGCUCGGCAUAGCUUCCGCCUUCAUGGGCCAGACCGGCAACGCCGAAGGCGCAAUGGGCUUGCUACCUCUGAUCCUGGACACCUUCUCCGGGGCCGCGAAAAAUGAUAGGCACGACCACUCGGACCACUCGUGGUUCAUGCCCCCGAUUUUGGAGAAUCUGCAUCUGAUGUGGGAUCACUUCAGGAACUCCGAGUUGGGCCAGACUCUGUGGAAGAACAGUGGCCUGGCGAACAUCGUGGGAACGAUGACGGACGAGGUUGGCCGCAUCCAGUGGGAAAAGAUCAUGGAGAGCUUCGAGAAUCCAGGACUGAGACGCCGGUGGAUCAAGUCGCUGACAAACUUCGUUGCCGAGUGGAUGUCCCAUGUAUCCGAUCCGUCGACCCAGCAACGCUACCUGGCCACGGCGCAGUUCAUCGGCAACAGUUUCCUCAAGUCCCAGGGUUUUCCCAAAACCGUGAUGUUCGAGCCAUCCCGGCCAACUGAGAGCCUUUCGAGGCUCGCCAAUUUAGUGGCGAGACGACACCUGAACAUGAACGUCGAUAGCUACCAGUACAUAAAACCUGCAGUGGCGUACGUUCAAGAGCUGAUGAAUUUGGCGUCCGAGAAAGGCUUCAUCAUGUCGCGCAUAAACGCACGCGAGCUUAGCAAUAAACUCAGCGAGUCUAUCAAUAAUGGCUUCAUCGGACCAUUACUGAAGGCUUAUCGCGCUUACAAGUGGGGCUCGAAAAUGCCACACUGCGCGCCCCAGAUACUGUGUACCAUCAACCAAAAGCCAAUCCCAUCGGAUGGCCACAAUAUCGCCGACGAUUCGUUCCGCGUUGGCCUGACGAAAUUAGCAAGUUUCCCCGCUGCCUGGGCCAUAAGCAACAAGAGUGGCGUGAGCUUCUGGUCGCUGUAUGCUGCGAUUUUGGAGACCAAGGAGUGUCGGGAAAAGUACCCGAUGGACUGUACAGUUUUCCACGACGAGGAGAUCAGGGCUACAACGGCAGAGUACGAACACAGUGAACUCUAAAGAACGAAAAUCAAAUUCCACUAGUUCAUGACGACAAUUGAUUGUUUGUUGAUUGCAAAAAGAGACUGUUUUUAUUUUAUUUUUUCUAUUUUAAUCUGGUGAUAAAACGAAACUGCGUUAGCCCGACACUGUUUAAUCUUAGUGUAGCCCAUUGUGUAAUGAUAAAAAAUAGAAAAAAAAAAAAAAAAAUUAACGAGAUCUGUGAAAUAUUUUAAGAAUGUGACAGAAAAAUGAUGAGUUGAAGGCUAAAUUACACUGAUAAGUGUG